AUGCUAAACCACAUCCAAAACUGGCCCAAAAAUGGGGGUUCCAUAUUAAGGUACUACGUCAGCCGCCCACCCAACUACCUAACCUACCCCACCCACUAUGAAACUUUUGUAUUUACUGUACUUUUAUACCCCGAGACGCCCACAUGUGUCAAGAUUCUUCAGAGGCUGAAAGCGGCAGUACAUUAUACUGUGGUGAGGAUAUGUCGGGAGGUUGGUGAUGACCUGGAUGUCUCCAUCAACAAGCAAGUGAUGGCCUGCAUUGCAGAGACAACGUGGAGACAGUUUGCAAGGCAUGCCAAGCGCAGCACAGUGUUACCUGAAGACGUAAAGCUCCUUGUGAGGAAAAGUCCAAAAUUGCUGGAACACAUCAACUCGCUCCACAGACAGCUCACAGCCAACAAGGAGGAGCCCAGCAGGAAGAGGGGAGCCAGGCCGAACAAGAAGAAGUCAGUGGCUGCAGCAGAAUCCAACUAUGAGACAGAUGAGAACUCCAAUAUGUAGGAUUUUAAAAAUGCCGAUAUUUAGAACA